AUGCUCGCCGAAGUACUCUUGAUUAUGUCCGGCCAUGCAUCAUCACUCCUUGAGCCUGAUGGUACAAUUGCACCUGCUUUCGCCCCUCUUCUGCACCCAGGUGAACAGCAAGUACUCAAGGAACUCGCAACCCUGGCAUCGCAGUACCGUAAAUUAAAACAAACCUGCCCCAUUCUGGGCCAACAGUCCCAAUACAUGUCCAGUUUAUGCGCAGCUCUUAUUGAAAUUUUAACAGAGUACGAGGAUCUGGUUGUCGAAACCGAAGCUAGGAUACUCAAACGCGACUCCGAGUUGGUAGCAAACGCAACAGUUGUACCUCUUUCCGCGGUCAAAGCUACUUUUUCUAUUUGGAACGUGCAAUUCGCCGCGUUGUGUUUAUUGAUCGACCAAUUGGAGGCUGGACCACCUGGAUUAGACGGAACGAGAUGGCCCCCUGGUCCACUGAUUGACCUAUUACUCCAACGAGCGAGAACGGGUGUCCAACGUGUUGCACAUGUAAUCAAUCGACUUGCGCUCGCUGUCCAACGUGUUUGGAGGAGCCAUCUUCUCGCAUUCCUAGUCCAUGGAAUCCUAGAUGCUGCAGACCCGCUCGCCCGCGUUGCAGACGGCUAUAAACUUAAUCCAGAAUGCGUUCCUUCGUGCGUGACCCCUCAAACGCGCGAGGCGAUUGCGUAUAUCGGGAGAGCUGCCGCUGUUGUGGGCGUUGGUGUACCUAGGCAAUUAGCGAUUGUACAUGCGAGAUUGGUGGGGAGGGUUUUGCCCCAGGAUAGGUAUGCGUUUGAUGGGGCUGUCGAGAGAAUCAAGGGGAAUAUCAGUGAAUGGUUGUGGACUCGAGUAUUGACAAAGGCAGAUGUGAUUGGUGCUGUGGAAUGUUUCGCAAAUUAUUUCUUAUUACGAAAUGGAGAGUUUGCACUCGCUCUACUUCGAGAGAUCGAGCGUUUAAAGACAUCCAGACUUUCCGCAAAACCUACUUCUCGAACCUCGAGCGGGUUAAUUCGUGAUACCGACCUUUCAUUGGCUAUCUUACGCGCGUCACUAGGUACAUCGGCACAAAACGACCCAAGCCUGGACAGUCUACGUUUUACUCUUGUGGAUGGCCCGCUGCGGCCGCUGCUUCCACCUCCAUCUGCUGCGCUUGCCCCAAAUAAAUCUACAGCUUACAAUGGAUUGGUGUUAUUCGAUGAUUUGCUCCUCGGGGCGAGGGCGACGCUAUCGCAUACGCUUGCUUGGCCCUUGGAUUUGGUUCUUGGACAAGCAGAGCUCCAGGCUUACGGUGCUGUAUUUGCUUACCUGAGUGCAUUGAGGAGGGGGCAUGUUAUGGUACUGGAAUGCUGGGGUACCUUGAGUGGAUCCUGGAAGGCUAGGAAGAAAUGGGAGGGAACGUAUGCACGGAGAAAGGCUAAAGGGAAGGGCAAGGCCGCGGACUUGGAUCACAUAGAUGCGGAGGAUGAGGCGAAAAGGAGUAGGUUGGUCAAAUGCGCAUGGGGAGUUGUCAGGGAGAUGGUCUGGUUUUUGGACACAUUUUGGGGUUAUAUAAUGACAGAUGUUAUUGAUGUACAAUAUCGCAAGCUACAUGCACAACUCCGGCCACAACGCACUCUUUCCAAUUCUAACCGUCGAAGCUCGACUACAACACGCGCAACAACACGCGCAGGCUCUCCCACAUCCACUCAUUUUGGGCCCAGCCCCUCGACCCAAUUUGGUCCUUCGGCUUCAUCCACACAGGGAUUAAAUUUACGAGGGAGCGCAUCUACUACUCAACAUGAAACUCUUGAUUUUUCAACCCUCCGGACACUACACGCUACCUAUCUCGCAAACAUUGUAUCUGGGAGUUUGCUCGGGCAUUCGGGAUGCGCGUCGCUUGUUCGCGUAGCUCUGGAAACAUGCGAGCGGUUCGUGGGGAUGAUUGAACGGUGGGGAGGUGACGUUCUUCCGGGAAUGUUAGAGGAAGGCAGUGCAGGGGUAGGAGGUGCACUUCUAGAUGAAAGACUGAAAACCAUCAAAGAGAUCGAUGAGGCAAGUCCAGACACGUUCCAUUCGCACCUCGAGGCGUUUUACGAGCAGCUGUCCAUGUCACCUGGGCAGGGGGUUGAUGGGUCGACUAUUGCAGGAAAUACGUCGGCCUAUUUGAGGGACUUGUUCCGGCCUCGUGGAAGGGGUGGCAAGGGUAUGACUGGGGCUGAAGAGGACCGGCGAACAGUAGAGCGAUUAUCGCUCAGGCUCGACUUCAAUGCCAAGUUUUCCGAGCCUUAUGGAUGCAUCUUUAAACACAAGUGCAAUUUUAUCCACGACGGAGAGAUUAAUAUGCGGCGCCCGGAUAUACGAGCACAUGCUCCGGUGUACCGUCGCACCCCGGAAAACUCGGUCGAUUCAUUUAGUUCGUCAGAGGAAGAUGAACCGGUACAAGAACACCGAAUCGACGAACAUUCGGCCGCGGCACCCUCGCUCAUAUUCUCCAGCAUCUAUGGGCCUCGACCCAACUCUAUCAACAGACUACAGCUCACCAAUGUCGACCUGCCCGUCUCUCCCGAGAGUCUCCCUCAUACACCUCCACGAACAAGCCGACCUACCAGCCACCACUCGACUCACAAUCAUGUCAACAUCACCUCUCCUACCCCCUCACGACCGCUCUCAUCAUCACUCGGAAUUGGAAUAGGCGGACGCGCCCAAGGGGGUCUUGCAGAAGUAUUUACUGCAAUCGCAAACACCCAAACCCUGGCCCAAUCAACAACUCUUCCGCCCAGUUCGGCAGGGUCGCUUCCUUCUCCGUUGAGUCUAUCCCCCAAAUCACCUGCCAAUGGUGCCCAAGAAAUCAUCAUCAAGGACGAGGGCUAUUCAUUGGAACAACUGCCAUUCAAGCUCGCUCUUUCAAAUCAAUCCUCCUUGCUUCUGAACCGAACGUCUCGCGCUGCUCAACGUCGCUCAUCUACAUUUUCACAACAAGACACACCAUCCAGCUCCGGUGCAGAUAUCGAAAAACGUCCGACUAGUUUAAGCGUCCCGGAACGGCUAAGCACAGGUUCAUUGCCGAAGCAUCUCGGAGACCGCCCCAUUUCGGUCACCUCAGUUGAACAGAUCGAGGAGGAAGGAAAAGUUGACGACGAACAGGAUGAAGAGGAGCAAGUGAUUGUAGACGAAUCGCCAUCAUUUGAAGCGUUGCAGCCAUAUCCAAGAGAUGUGAGCACUGAGCCUAGCCCUGAUCCGACAAGGCAGAACUUUGUCCCCCCUGCGCCUGUUCCUCCCCUACCUCCUGGUAAGCACUAUUCGUUCAUAUAUGCAAACAUAAACCGACGUAUUGCCCCGUGUCAAGCACAACCGUCCAAGCCUCCUGUUCGGAACGAUAGUUCCAGGCAUAUCGACCAUGAGCUCGUCAUUGAUGAGCUAGAAGAGCGACUAGGCGUUUCACCUACACGACGCCGACGCGCCCGCUCUAACGCCGUCCCUAACCCUAUCCCUUCGGCCGUUAGCCCUAACCGUUCCACGACACAACCUACCGGCAAAUCAGCAGACGCAAUAUGGGAACGCAAACAACCUAUCGAGAUACCAAAGUCAGCUGUCAAUAUGGGUGUUGCGCGAGACAUGUUGGACGUCAUGUUUUCAAAGAGGAAUCAACAACAGGAGGAGAGGAUCGAGGAGGAGAGUUCGGACGAGCAUGAGAACGAGCAGAGUUUCUUGCCUGUUGACUGGGACGUGGGAUCUAUGGCAGGGUUGGACGAGGAGGAUCGAUUCGAGAAGCAUGAUGACCCUGUUCGUCUAGAGCCAACCAUGGUCCAGGUUGCUGCACGCAGCGAUUCAGUUGCCACACAGCGAGAGUCGACUACUACACGACGCGAACCGGCCAUUCCCCAGGACGAACCAAGUGCAGAAAGUCGUAAAUCCAUUACUGUACAUCGCGAAUCAACCUCCUUGCGUCCCGAAUCAACCCCUGUGCGUCCCGCAUCAACCAUCGUACGUCGUGAGUCAACCUCUGUACAUCGCGAACCGGCCCCCGUGCGUCGUGAAUCGAUCUCCGUGCGUCGUGAAUCUGUUGGUGCACAGCGUAAAUCGGCGCCGCGCGCGUCCAUUCCAGUUCCGAUCUCUCAACCUAGCCCGCCCAUUCUCCAAGCCGAGGCGCAUCCUCAAACACCGAGCACCCCAUCUACAGAACCGGAAACUCCCAACACCCAGCUCACUCAGAGCACUCAGCCCACUCCUCAAUCCGAUCACGAAUUUGACGAGGCUGACACUGAUGACGAGCAUCCAGAAGACUUGGCGGACUUGAUAGAGGCGGAACCUGUGGUACUGAGCACCCCGCGGAGCGUUGUCUUAAGACGAGAGGUUGGAAGAGAAACGAGUUUACCUUCAAGGGCGGGCACUAGCACUGGAGCUGGCACACCUGGUUUCUGGACACCUAGGCAUGGAAGUGUGGUUGGUGGGAGUGGGGGACUACAAGUCAUCGAGUCGCCAACUGUUGAGCAAAUUCAACCCGAGCAAAGUCAAUUUGAACAAAGAUUAUCGGCCGAGCGAAACUUUUCGACACCGAGCGAACGUAGACUGUCAGUGGAGCAAAACCGACCAACAUUAAUCGAGCGACGACGAUCAUCACGAUUAGCUUCCAUCGAACGCAGGCAAUCAGCACAAUUAGCUUCCGCCGAACGAAGGCAAUCGACUAGCUCACGACGACUCGAAGACAUUACACAAAGCACGGUUAGCGAAUCGACGUUGAACACAAUAGGUGGACAGACGGAGAAUGAAUCACCCGUGAGUAGGCCUCUGGUUUCGAAUCGCGAUUCGGUUUCUGUGCCUGUUUUGGGUUCUGUUCCAUCCACGGGUAAUGGUCUGGGUUCGGAUUUGAGUUCUUCCCCCUCUGCUCCUUCUCCUUUGGGGUCGGAUUCAGGCAAUGAUUUGGGUUUGGGUGUUGAUUUGAGUCCGGAUCCUGUUUCGCAUUCACCUUUUCUUUCUACUCCUUUGGAUUCAAUUUCUUCUUCGGGCAAUGAUUCGGGAUUGGGUUCGAAUUCGGAAUCCGGGUUUCCAUCCGUCGUGCCGACUCCGGAGCUCCCUGUUGCACUCGCUUCAGACCCCCAUGGGCCUGCUCCUGCAUCUCCUGUUGCGGGUACUACGUUAGCCUAUCCAAAGCCUCAGGUCGAACCUAUUUCGGAACCUUCUAUUUCGACCCACUCGCCGAUUAGUUCACCAGAGCCCGAAGUUUCGAAUCCCAUACCGCCUACUAAACCGGUUACUCCCGAGUCGGCGCCUCAAACCAAGCUCGGUACGGCAUCUCGGGCCGAUUUAGGCCUCGAGUCUGUUCUGCCGGAGGCCAGGGCCGAGCCUGUGGAAGUUCUGAAGGAUCCCAGUUCUGUGCCUAGCGUCGAGACUCUACCUCCGUUACCUCCGCUCGUUUCAGAAUCAACUUCUGCGGCUGCUCGGGUCAAUCCGAGCCUUGUCGCUGGUCCAACCUCUCAGGACGAUCUCUCCUCACCUCGUUCUGUUGAUGAUGAUCCCUCUCCGAUCCCUAUUCAUGCUUCGAAGCCAAGCGGUGACUCCAUUGAACCAAUUCGAGCAACUCCGCAUGCGGACGGUCCUGAUUUAGAUUUGGGACGUGUUGUGUCGAGAUCAAGCAGUGACGCGGUGGGGCUCAGCGCGCCUGAACGUGGGGAUACAUCUGAAGAUGCACCUCAAAGUGUGGCAAAGGAUUUGGACGAUAUAGCAGUCAAGAGAGAGAUCAAGGAUGAGACCAAGCAACCGAACGUCGUGGUAGCCAUGGGGAAGGACGCAGCCGAGUAUUCGGGCAUAGCGAUGGUUAAUGAAAAGAGCACGGCCAGCAUCGAGGCGGUACACGAGGACCCGGGAAGACCCACGGGAUACCAUGAGGACAAUCAUCAAAAACUGGCUGAGGAGGGGUCUCAGGUCAUCAAUACAACUAUCCGCCAAGGCACCGUCGAAGGCGACUUGGUGGCGUCGAGCGAGGAGUGGGCUGUGGUGCGAGAUUCACCACGAGAAUCAUUCAAGGACGCCAAUAAAGUCAUUGGUGGCAAUAUUAUAUCUGCACCUAUUCAUAGCAGCGGAGAUUUCGAUGCACGGGCGCUUGUUUCAGACUCAGAGCCGGAGCCAAUGCAGGACUCUGUCCUUAAUCCCACAUGGCCGCCGUCAAAUGACCUGGAACCCGUGCCAGAAGAGCCAGAGUCGGUUCCUGUUGUGGUGCGAUCUGCGGGGGAACGCGAAAUCGAGUUUGAAACCCAAGCACGAGCUGAGUCUCCGACUCCCGCCAAGCUUCCAGAGGGUAGACAAGUCCCGGAGCCCGAGGAGCCCUCCAGGACAGAGACACCAAGGUCUUCAGAAGGCUUGGUCACUGCGAAGGCGGUAUCUAAGGCGCCUGUGUCCAGUCAGUUGGUCUCCCCUGUGGAGUCGGAUGAGGCAGCUGUGGUGGAAGUCCCCCAUAAUGAAUACGUAGCUGAGGUAGCCGAAGCGAUCGAUGAAUCAAUCACGAACAUCAAACAGGCGUUACCAGAGUCAACUUCGGCAGAGAUACACGAGGGACCCGAAACAUGGCAAGAGAUACAGCGAGAGAUACGAAAGGAAGUGCAGCAUGAAGUACGACAGGAAGUAACGCCGGUCAUGGUGGAACAUGAUGGAGCGAACUCAGGUAGUCAAGAGGUCCAAGAGGAUACACGCAGGCGAUCGGAGGCACGGCAAGGAGUACAUCGGGAAGUCCAACAACACGUGGAACAGGAAGCGACGUUGGUGGGGAUGGAGCGGGGCGAAACGAGCGUAGAUAUACAAGGCAGGCAGGAGGAUAGGGGUGGUGGAGAGACAAGGGUUGAGACCUUAUCUAGAGUCUCGACGAAGCGUAAUUCGACAACCAAAGAUGAGGAAGAAGUCCAAAGCGAGGCUUUGAGUCAAAAUAAGCCGAAGCUUAGCGUUGGGAGCGCGAACGGUUACGAGGCUCAGAAACCAGUCUAUGCUGCCAUACUUGAUGAUCCGGGAUCGGUGACCGAGCAGCCAGCAAGUAGGAAUGACCCGGAGGAACAGUCAACACCGGGGCCCUCGGUAUCCUUAGGUACUCCGAGAUUGGACUCAGUGCCAGAAGUUGCUCGCCCCGAACCUCCGUUAUCUUCUCUAAUCGCUAUUCCCACCGUUGCCCCUCUUCCAGCCUUGCUGCCGUCAACAUCAAUACCAGACAGAGAAGAGGCAAUAAUUGGACCAGAUGAUACCGACUCAUUAUCAGAGCUUGAGGAAGCAUUUGGUGUUCGCAGCCCUGUUGCGCUCGAACCCUCACCUCCAGUCGCACCGCCCCAGUUACCUGCACCUUCAUCUCCUCCUAGAAUUCCGGCCCCUUCACCUGCCCCGAUUCAUUCAAGCCCCUCAAUCUCCGAGCAGACCCCAGCUCCCGACCCCUCAACAACCCUCCAGCACUUUCCAGUACUCCCAUCAUUUACUCCCAUCGCACCGCUCUCACCGAUCUUGCCUUCCUCUCUAUCUGCAUCACCCUCGGUGUCUGAACAACUCUCUUCGCCAAUCUCUUCCUCGCCACCUACAACGUCUUCUCUUCCUGGGUCUCCAUCGCAAAUAGUGCCUGUCGUCCCGCUGUCCCCCAUCUCGGUACCCGAAGUCUUGCCGUUGGGAAUACGGCCUGUACAAUCAUCGACAAAGACUCCUUCAGAGGAUGAACCUUCCGCCAGCGACAAUUCUUUCAUGUCGCUUAGAGUUUCGCUUCAGCCUUCACCUUUGGAGCCCAGGGAACUUCCUCUUCCUGAGCCGCUCUUAGAGCCCGAGCUACCCACCCAGGCCAUCAUAUCGAACGAGCCGGAGUUGCCUAUACCACCUCGCUACCUUCCACCACCGCCUGUGCUGUCCCCGCCUUUGCUACAUCAACUCGAGGCGGAGUCUAACCCAGAGCCCAAGCUUGAGUAUGGUCCUAAAAUCGAUCUCAAACCUGAAAUCGAGUCUCAACUGGUACCUGAAGUGUCAGCGUUGCCCGAAUUCCGUUCGAUUGAGAACCUGCCCUCAUCACCUCGGACCAACCCAGCUAGAGUGGUCGAGUCAAUGUCUCUUGAACACCUUGCUCCUGAAUCGGCUGUCGAUGUAGUUAGUUUGAUCGCUCCUGGGCCAAUUACCCUAGAGCCGCCCAUGCUCGAUUCUCCUUUACUACCUGAUUCGUCCUCGCUGCUUGACCCUCUUUCACCCUUGCCAUCAGACCAUGCUCUCGUGCUACCAGACACAGCCCCUGCACCCUUGUCAUCUCGAGAAUCGGAGACUGUUGCACCAGAUAGGCCAUCUCCACUAGCCGACCAUCCUCGAUCGACUGAAUCUGCCUUCUGCGAGUCCGUCGUGGCCCAUGAGCCUACUGCAUUACCAGAGUCUUCCUCCGAGCUCGAGCAUUCUUCUUCUCAACCUAACGUAACUGCCGUGGUUCCACCGUUUAAAAUCUUGCCAUCCUCCAAGCCCACUGAGUCACCCGAAGCCUUUCCGCCACUCGCAAGUUCACCGUCAUUUGAGUAUGCACUUCCGCCAUCUCCGGUUGCUCCUUUACCUGUAAACAAUACUCUCUCCCAGUCCCUUGUGGCUGAAGAGUCCAGUCCUAGGCCCGGAACGCCUCCUACAGUUGAACCACCGCUACUGCGUGAUCCCUUGCCACUACUUGAUAACUCAUUGGCACCCGAAUCCUCUUCUGUGCAAUCCACCACCUCAUCUCCUGAGCCCCCAAAUUCCGAUUUAUCCAAGGACCCCCACCCUCAGUCCGAACUCACUCACCUGCCGGCAACACUCGAACCAUCUGAAUCCGCGGCUUCCAAGAUCGAGCCCUCUCCCGAGUCAUUCAAGCCCGUUUCCUUGCCUGAUUUGUCUACACUACCUAAUUCUAGUCCACAGUAUAAUUCUCUUUUACCUAAUCCUAGUCCACCUGAUGUAUCCAUACCACUAGAGCAUUUGUCACCUAGAUCGCUUUCGUUUUCUGAACCCCCCACUGGGCAAGCCGAGCUGCCUGAUCCCUCUUCAUUGCUUGAUCCUUCUACUCUACCCGGCUCCUCUUCAUUAAUUAGUUCCUCACCUUUUGAUCCUUCCCCAUGGCCUGGGCUUUCGGUAACGCCGAAACGAUCCCCGUCCCCUUCGUCACCUGAUUCUCCUUCGUCAACUCAUCGUUCGCAUUUGCUUAACCUUUCUCCCUCACCCAAAUCCACAUCAUUGCCCGAUGCUCCUUUAUUGGCUUCACAUUUCGUGGAGUUUGCCUUGCCUCCGACGGAGGAUUUGCAGGGGCCUGAGCACUUCUCUGAGCCUCAGCCAGAGCGCCUGGGUGGUUCUCUAGAACAACAGGAACCUCAGGUUACUUCUGAUCGUCGAGAUAUUCAGGGUGCUACAGAUUCUCUGACGCCUUGGGGCUCUUUGCGAUUCAAUAGGUCUCCAGGGUUGCAGAGGACCUCGGAUGAUGAGCAGCAAUUGCCCAAAUCCUCGCUACUAUUUGACUAUAUCUCGCUUCCUCCUGAUUCGCCGUCGCGCUCUUAUACACCUUCGCCCCGGCUUGCCACAUUGCCCGAGGACUCGCCACUGCUGCAAUACGCUCCGUCUUCGGGACCUGUUCGGUCGGCGGAGCGUGCUGAGAUGCCAGAAAGCGAGGGGUCUCCCGAUAGGGCCGACUCACUCAGGCAGUUAAUGAGGGCCAACCCCCUCGCGUCAUUAGAGCACUCAGACGAGCCCCAAAGCCCUCCGAUUAUAGGAGGCGCUCACUUGUCGCAACGGUCCUCCUUGUCUGAAAUCCCUUCCUUGUCUGACUUUGCACCCCUCCCGCCACGCUCUGACACUGCUCCACAGUAUGUCCGCACAGCAACUUUGGCUAGCGAGCCACGAGCCUCUUCGGAGCCUUCUUCCAAACCUCGACCCCGGUCUCAAUUGAAACCUCUCCGUCUCUCGCUCAUGCACGGACUUGGUACCCCAUCUCCCAGCGCCAUCAUCACCCCUGUUUCAGCAAAUACGGCUACCCCAUCUCCUAGCUUCAGAUCCGAUGCCGCAACGCCAACUCCAACUGCAAUGUACCCCACUCCCUCGUCGGCACACCCCACACAACUACCCGCGAGACUGAGAUCUGCGACGCAAUCGCCUCCGCCCACGGAGGAAAUGGUGGACAAUGAUUCCAUAUCUGAAUUUCUUCCCAAAACCAGUGGGGCUGAAUCAGUCUCAUGGUUUGGGUCGAAAAAAGGUGUCAAGCGUGGAACCUUGAGCGCUUCCAGGCAGUCAUUCAGGCGAUCCGUUCAUGAAACAGAGCCUACCUUAUCCAUGCGCGAUGCGACAAUUACUAGCCCAGGACGAAGCUCCGCGUCGGUGGUGGUAGAACGAAUAGAGGAAUCAUCCCCUCAGUCUCCUGGUGCGUUGGCCGAGGACGAUGACGUGAGACCUCUGCCAAUGAUCUGGGAUGACGAAACUGAAGCUGGCUCGAAAGCUGGCUCGAGUCGGCAAGGGACUCGAUCACCCACUCGGACUAUUCCUAUGCUUGAUAGUUUCCCACCAGAUUCAGCCUCCAUUGAAGUUGCACCACCUCUCAAGUCUCCUGAUCGAUUGGACACCGUGCCUAGGUAUCCCACAUUUGUGAACAUCGGAGGCAGUCCACGUCUUUCUGAGGCGAAACCACCACCACCAUCUCCACCCGCUGUCUUGGAGAACGUUUCAGAGUCUCACAAUAUUCAACCAUCAGAGGUUGAGCCAGCAGCCCUCCGUAGCCGAAAAUGGGCCGAUACUGUUAAUCAGGAUUCUAUUGGGAGCCUACCCGAUUUUAGUGCUCCGGCGCCUGGCACCCAAAUGCUAGAUGUGCAACCUGCUGAGGCUGACGAACCGCAUACACCCAGAACGCACAAGGACCGGCUGCGUUACAUGCCAAUACCAAAUACCGCCCCGCUCUCUAUCUCUCCCCGUCGCGCCUCGCCUUCAAUGAUGCAACUUCCACAAGAAGGAAGCACGGAGUCGUACGAACAGCAAGGCGAAUACGAUCAAGAUGGAAUGUUAUCGUAUGCUGCGCCGCAUAUGGCUCCGUUGGAUUUGCGUUUGCGAAUGCCAAGGAGAGAGGGAACCACUGGUCCUUGGAUGACGGAACACUUCACCAAUUCGCCAUCAAGUUUCCACAGUAGCCAAGUUGGGAGCAUGCAUUCGGCUUCAAGCAGCCUAUCAACUGGGUCAAAGGCAAUGGACAUUCGCCGAAGUAUUUCCUUCAACAAGUUGAUGAAUGGACCUGUGCAUGUAGAAGAUGGAACAUUCGGAAACCCUGGACCUGGUCCAACCACGAUGAUGACUUACUCGAAACGAGGCCAACCAGUAGAGACUUUGGGCUCCCCGAUUGUCUUGCAACCAUCGUCACUUGAGCACGCUCCAAGUCCCUCUUCAACGAGCCUAGAUGCAACACCUCGCAAGUCAGACGACUUAUUAUCACUGAAGAUCUCCCCAGCGCAAAUUGCUACGGAGGCUGAAAUGAACAUUCAUCCUGCUACUCCCAGUGUAUCAACACAGUCCCCUAUUCAAAACCAUGGUAAUGAAUUCUCGCCCGUGGAACAGCGUACCCCAUACAAGGCCUUGUCCUUAUCUUCCCCAAGCCCUGGGCCAUAUCCUUCGACUCCUUUGACCGCUCCGUCCCCCCUGCAAAUCCUACGACGAAAUUUGAUGGCACGCACCAGUCCCGAAUCCCCUCGAUUCUUGUCGCCUCAAACCAGAUUCACCAAUCUACCAGAGUCUCGACCGCCUCGGCAUCAGCACCACGCCUCAGCAUCACUCGCUCCAUCGACUCGCCCGCGAGACGAAUUCCAUAAUAUGCCUAUGUCUGCACCAGGCCCUCGAGAUCGACGCUCAUUGACCCCAAACACUCGCUUCGCUGCCACGCCUUCAAUUCCGGGAUCUCCUGCGCAAUCAGUUCACUCAACAAUAUCUCAGACGAAGCCCCUGCUGUUCUUCGCGAUCGCCAAAAACUCUGCUCAGGAAGUUGAGAGGCUCUUACAGGACGGCGAAGUGAAGCCUGAUGACAAGGCCGGUCCAGAAGAUCUUCCUGCACUCGCUUUUGCUCUAGCGAAUGAGCAAUUGACCGACAAGACCCAAAUUGUGAAGAGCCUUCUCAGCCAUGGCGCUGACCCUUCCUCUGUACUACAUCGCCAAACGGGCUCCGGGCAGUUUGACGACGCAGAUCUAGCCCUUACGACGCGUAUUGAACAAGGAAUGAACCCUGCCAUUCGGUAUUAUUUGAACAGAAAGCAAAUGACCAUCCCCGCUCCUCAAGCAGAGUUACUCGAGAAGAACAACUUUGGUGGACUUACUCGCGCCGGCUUCAGCAUCAUCGGUCAAGACGCAGCUCUAGAGGAGCUGAUCCGAGUCGUGGCUGGACACUGUCGACGAAAAGCGCUUAAUCCUCUGGUAGUCGUGUUUUCCGGCGGACCGGGUUGUGGGAAGAGCUUGCUUGCAUCGAAAAUUGGACCCCUGCUUCAUGUCCCUUACUUUACUAUCAAUAUGACCAAUCUUCGAAAUGAAGCGGCUUUGUUCAAUUAUAUAUCUAUGACUACAAAAGUUGGGCAGCCCAAGAUUCCGCUCAUGGACUUUUUGAGGGACAACCAAGGUCAAAGAUGCGUUGUCGUGCUAGAAGAAAUCGAGAAGGCUGCAGACAAGACGGUGUGGCAUUCGUUGCUUAUGCCGUGGGAAUUAGGAAAAGCAACGGUCAUUUCUCCCCUAAAUAACGAGCAAAUCGAUAUCGACACUUCCCAAGUCAUUUGGAUUGCUACUUCCAACUCCGGCGACGACGCGACGCUCAAGUUCUUCGCUGAGAGAUCUAGACCUAGCGAUCGUGGAGAGUCAGCGCUUGCUCGUUUAGCUCAUAACCCCCGACCCAAAGAGGACAAUUUUACCAGGAACGACUAUCUGAAGUUGAUGCAAGCAGUCCGGAAACGACUGGGUGAAUUACUUGGCUCUUCGAUGAUUUCGCGUGUUAGCAGCGUACUUCCUUUCUUACCUUUCACCGAAGAUGAGGUGUAUGCGCUAGCUUCCGAGUCUCUUUCGGCUAUGCGCGCAGAGCAAAAAGGCGAUCAAAGUUACGAUUCUGUGGACUGGGAUGAACUUCUUCAACAGGCGGUUGGAGAAUACAUUCCGGGAGAAGGUGCACGAUCAGUUCAUCGGGCAGUCCAACGUGCUUUUGACGAAGUUGCGGAGUGGUAA